UUUCAUACUAAACAAGUUACCGUGGCUUGGCACGCACAUUGUUCACCGAUUUCAUUGAGAUCUGUUUUAAACAGUUUUCUAGUUGGUUUUGCGUGUUCAUUCGCGUUUAAAUGUACACUGAUUUUUAUUUAAAACUGGACUUUAUCUCUAUCGGACCUGUUUAACCUGUUUCUACUUACAAAAACAAUCUCUUUAUAUUUUCUUCGCCCAAAUAGUGACUCGCUCCGGACUGAGAGGAGGCCAUAAAAACACAUUCUUGCUUCAACAUGUCUGGACCAGGCUAUCCAUCGCCAAACCAACCUUCAUAUUCCAUGACCCCUUAUCCCAUGGGAGGCUAUGGAGACCCUGGGCAGGCUGCCCCACCACCUGGAUUUCAAGUCGGGUAUCAUUCAGUUCCAGAUCAGCCGGUCAUGUAUCAGCCUGGUCCAGCUAGUUCACAACCUCAACAGUAUGGAGCUCCUGCACCUGCACCUGUGUCAGUGCCCGCUGGAGUGCCACCUGGUCUGGAGUACCUCACUCAGAUUGAUCAGAUCCUUAUUCACCAGAAAGUGGAGUUAUUAGAAGCAUUGAUUAGCUUUGAGACCAAUAACAAAUAUGAGGUCAAGAACAGCCUCGGCCAGAAGAUCUACUCUGCCAAAGAGAAAAAUGACUGCUGCACGCGUAACUGCUGUGGUGCACUGCGCAGCUUUGACAUGAAGAUCAAAGAUAAUUCUGACCGAGAGGUCAUACGGCUCAUCCGACCUUAUCGCUGUGCCACCUGUUGGUGCCCCUGCUGCCUGCAAGAGCUCGAGGUGCAGGCGCCUCCAGGAACGACCAUAGGAUAUGUAAAACAGGACUGGCACCCGUGCUACCCAAAAUUCUCAAUUCAGGGAGCAAACAAGGAGACAUUGAUGAAGCUCGAUGGGCCCUGCUUGGCCUGUAACUGCUGUGGUGACGUGAACUUUGAGCUAAAAGGCAAGGACGGUGGGCAGUCUAUUGGCCGAAUCAGUAAGCAGUGGAGCGGACUGUUAAAGGAGGCCUUCACUGACGCUGAUAACUUUGGCAUCAAGUUUCCUUUAGACUUGGAUGUGAAGAUGAAGGCUGUACUUAUGGGUGCCGCUUUCCUUAUUGAUUUCAUGUUUUUUGAACAAGUUGGAAACUCCAAACAGCGCAAUACUGUGUUUUCUUAAGCGUGUUUCCAAUUAGUAACUUAGGAAGGAAAUCAAACUAAAAACUACAUACAGCUGGCGCUCCAGUCAAAGGAAUGUUCAUGGUCAUUUUGUAUUGCAAAAUUUACAAUGAUAGACAUCGUACCAUAAGUGCCUGUUGACUGGGUGCCUUUUAAACAAUCAUGGCAUAGAAAAAUACAAAUCACUGAUACAGAAGCAGCUGACAUUUAAGUGUUUUUGUUCCUUAAUUUUUUCUUGCUAUUUAAUAGUCACAUAUAACCUUAUACAAGUGUCUAGGUAUUUUAGGAUUAUGUUAUGUAGUGAUCAUGUUUACCUGGAAAGUAAUGUGAAUGUUUUGUGUGGAUAAGGCAAAGAAAUCAGUUUGUUUAUACAUUACAGGCUUAAAAUUAUUUACAGUACCUAUCCAGAAGUAACGUUAAAGUCAGUUAACACGUCAUGAAAGCAAAUCUGUAAUUUUCUUCAUAGGCUUGAACACAUAACACUGCAGUUAUUUAGAUACAAGGUUUUCCUUUUUAUACAGUACACACACUGCCAAAUAAUCCCAAAAUCGAUUUUUGCAGAGAUGCCAUAGAAGAACCAUUAUUCUUAUAUUGUUAAGUUAUGAUAUACUGAUAUAGUGUAUUACUGUUUUGCUAGUUUCUACUAAGAUGAAAUUGAUAUCAGAUAUUUUUUAGACAAUAUGAAGUACAUUUAGUGUAUCACCAAACCAGUUUCUACCUAACUGCCUAAGAGCCUUUUUUCACUAUGAAGAACCUUUCUGAUGUUUAAUGGAUGUUAUAGGAUCUUCCACACUGACAAACAGCCAUUUAAGAACUUUUAUCUUUAGGAGUGGGCAGCCAGGCAUAUUAUAAAUGAUCUGUUACAGUAUUGCAGUUUUUAACUCGUUCAACUGGUGAUUUUACACUUAAUUAACAUAAUAAGUCAAUUGAAGAAUGAAUGACAACUCUUCAUCAGCCUAUAAAGUUUAUAUCUUACUGGUGCAGGCGUGCAUUGCAAUAAUACACAGAUAUUCCAACUACUUCAAUAUCUUGAUUUGAAGUGGAUAUAAUAUGUCCUUAUCUACGCACUUAAGCCAUUUUUAUAAAUGUUAUGUAUGUCUGUUUUUGUGUUUUUUCUUAUAGUAUAUAAUAUCAGUGUAAUGUUAUAAAUAUACAGACAUUCUAUUGUUAUAUUGGAUGUAUUACAGCCGUGUCUAGAAUAAAGUCAAUAGCAUGCAUGUGUAGAGCCUAUACUACUUAUAUUGCCAUGUGAAAAUUUUCAGUAAUAGAUAAAAAUAUGUACACUGUUCAGAAAGGAAGAGAAAAAACUGGAAAAUAAAUAAAUGAUUAAACAAUUA